AGUCGCAGGUGGCCUUUGAUCAUUAGACCAGUUCCAAAAUUGAGUUAGCCAUUCAAUUUCCUUAAAAGGAACAACUAUUUGGGUAUUAUUGUCUUUUUAUCAUUUAUCAUUGGGCGACACGUCAAAAUGCCAGAAAGCAACGGAGAAACCAAUGCUGAAAAAAGCAAGAAGCAAAUAGCAAUAAUCGGUGCUGGAAUAAGCGGUCUUCUUGCAUGCAAACACGUACAUGAACUUGGAUAUAAUCCCAUAGUCUUUGAAUCCUCGAAUGAUAUUGGUGGAGUAUGGUCCAACACAAUUGAGUCUACUAAACUUCAAACUCCCAAAGAUUUUUACCAGUUCUCAGAUUUUGCAUGGCCAAAGUCAGUCACAGAGACCUUCCCUCGUCACGAUCAAGUCAAGGACUAUAUUAACUCCUAUGCUCUUCACUUCAACAUCCUUUCUCAUAUCCAAUUUAACUCCAAGGUAGUUAGCAUUGAUUGCUGUUGUAAGGAUGAUGGUGAAGAAAUGCAUGCUGGUUGUGAUGAUGAUCUUUGGGGCGGCACAGGCCAGGCAUUCUCUCCUAAACGCAAAUGGGUUGUCACAGUACUUGAUAUCCUCUAUCCCCUGGACCCACAUAAGGUUUAUGAAGUUGAUUUCGUUAUCUUAUGCGUUGGAAAGUUCAGUGGCCUACCAAAUAUCCCCCACUUUCCAGUGAAUAAAGGACCGGAGGUGUUUGAUGGCAAGGUUAUACACUCCAUGGACUAUGCUAAAAUUGGAAGCGUCCGUGCAACUGCAAUGGUAAAAAAUAAGCAUGUCACUGUUAUUGGAUUCCAAAAAUCAGCAAUAGAUCUUGCAACAGAAGUUGCCAGACUAAAUGGAGUGGAACAUCCAUGCACUAUGCUAUUUAGGACCGUACAUUGGACAGUAUCCGAAGGCUUUUUGAAAACCUCUUUUCGGAAUUUGAAUAGAUUCUCAGAAUUAAUGAUCCACAAGCCCCGUGAAGGAUUUUUCCUGUGGUUGUUGGCAAUAUUACUUUCACCUCUGCUCUGGAUAUUUUCAAAGUUUGUGGAAAGUUAUCUCAAAUGGAUAUACCCAUUGAAGAAGUACAAUAUGGUUCCAGAACACGGCUUUCUUAGACAGAUAUCUUCUUGCAUGUUCACAGUCUUGCCAGCUGAUUUCUACAAGAGGGUUGAAGAAGGGAGCCUCAUCUUAAAGAAGUCGAAAGGUUAUUGCUUCUGUAAAACUGGACUCAUCAUCGAUGGGGAGGAAUAUCGUCCACUGGAAACAGAUGUUGUCAUCUUUGCAACUGGAUACAGAAGCGAUGAUAAGCUUUGUGAUAUUUUCACCUCAACCAAUUUUCAGAAAGGCAUUGUUGGCUCUUCAGCUCCCUUUUACCGCGAGUGCAUACACCCGCAUAUUCCACAGCUUGCGAUACUUGGAUAUUCUGAGAGCCCUUCAAUACUAUACACCACUGAGAUGCAGAGCAGAUGGCUAGCUCAUUUCAUUGCAGGAAAAUUUCAGCUACCAACAAUAAUGGAAAUGGAAGAAGAUGUCCUGAGAUGGGAGAAGUGUAUGCAACGUUAUGCUUGUGAAUACUACAAAAGAUCCUGUGUGAGUGUGUUGCUACAAAUAUACUGCAAUGAUCUGCUAUGCAGGGACAUGAAUUUGAAUCCCAGAAGAAAGAAAAAACUGCUGAGUGAACUCUUUGCCCCUUAUAAGCCUUCUGAUUACCAAACAUCUAUUUAGUUUCAGCACAACAAUGUUCUGUCAACUGAUCUUUACUGUACCAACUGCCUAACGUAACAAAGAAAAUAAGAAGGGCCAAAGUAGAACAUGAGGCGAUUUUCUUGAACUGUUAGUUUCAUAAUAUUCUUUGUUCCCUAGAACAUUAGGUUUUUCUUUUUUCAAUGAAUGGAAAUGUAGUUUCUUACUUGGACCUGCUCAUGUUAUAAGGCUAAAACCUAAUAUGGUUACAAAUUGUGGCUUGGAGUGUUCUCUGAUUUACUAUUAUCCAUGUAAUCGAAUGG